CUCCGCAUUGCGCAGCCGCGGCGGGAUCAGGUGACCGCUGCCCAGGUGAUCAGGAGUCACAUGACUGCAGUAACAGCCGGACCCGGGUGCAAGCCGCCCCGCUGAGCUUUGCUUCUUGCUUCUCGUUAUUCCCGGAGCUGAGAGCAGAGUCUGCCCCGGACCCCCUUCCCGGAGAGUCGCAGCGAGACCCGAGAAGCGUUUCUGUGCUUCACGAAGCAGAGCCGCGACUGCAGGAGCCUCUACAGCCCGGGUGGGGACAGCGUGUGCAAGAGACCAGAUGGACGCCCUGUCUGUGCUUUUCGUGCUGGCGUUCUCCUCGGCCACCUCUGCCCUGGAUAAUGGCCUGAUGAGGACCCCUCCAAUGGGCUGGUUGGCAUGGGAACGGUACCGCUGCAAUAUCGACUGCAAAACAGACCCGAAGAACUGCAUCAGCGAGCGCCUGUUCCGGGACAUGGCGGACCGCUUGGUGGAGGACGGCUGGAGAGAUCUGGGGUACGUCUACCUGAAUUUGGACGAUUGCUGGAGCUCCAUGCUGAGGGACAGCGAGGGGCGUCUUCAGCCCGACCCGGAGCGCUUCCCCAGCGGGGUGCCUGCCCUGGCGGGGUAUCUGCACGCCCGGGGGCUGCGGCUGGGCAUCUACGCUGACCUGGGCAACUUCACCUGCGGGGGCUACCCCGGGACCACCCUGGACAAGGUGGAGACGGACGCCAGGACCUUCAUGGAGUGGGGAGUGGACAUGCUGAAGCUGGACGGGUGUUAUUCUAAUGAGACCGAGCAAGCGAAGGGUUACCCCCUCAUGUCUCGCGCUCUCAACGCCACGGGUCAUCCAAUUGGCUACUCCUGCAGCUGGCCCGCCUACCAGGGAGGACUCCCUCCCAAGAUUAACUACACCGAGCUGGGGCAGAUCUGUAAUCUGUGGCGGAACUUUGAUGACAUUGAGGACUCCUGGGACAGUGUGCUGAGCAUCCUGGACUGGUUCACGGACAACCAGGACGAGCUCCAGCCCGCCGCGGGGCCCGGCCGCUGGAACGACCCCGACAUGUUGCUGGUGGGUGAUUUCGGUCUCAGUCUUGACCAGUCCCGCUCUCAGAUGGCGCUGUGGUCAGUCCUGGCCGCGCCCCUCUUCAUGUCCAACGACCUUCGAACCCUGAGCUCGGAGGCACGAGAGAUCCUGCAGAACAAGCUGGUCAUUGCCAUCAACCAGGACCCCCUGGGGGUGCAGGGGAGGAGAGUGGUCAAGCUGAAGAGUGGUAUCCAGGUGUUCCUGAGGCCUCUUUCUCACUCCGCCAGCUCCCUCGUCUUCUUCAGCAGAAGAACAGAUAUGCCAUUCCACUACAAGACCUCGCUGAGAGAGCUCAACUACACCACUGGAGACUACCGGGCAGUUGACGUUUUCACUGGAGCGGUAAUCACAGGCCUGACUGAGGACAAGAAUUUCACCGUGACAAUUAACCCCACGGGGGUGGUCAUGUGGUACGUCUAUCCCACAAUGCACCGCGGCCGUGCGCAGGGGCGCCACCCGGACCCCCGUCUCAAAUACAAACUGGAAGACAACGGCGCAACUGGGAACCAGUGGCCUGGCUUUUUAUAAUGGCUUUUUUUUUUUUUAAUUCCCCCCCCCCCCCAAGCGAGAUCUGAGCAAAUCCAGAACAAAAUAUAGCAACUGAUUUUAUAAUAAGAGUUUGAAGAGCUAGUCUGAGAUUAAAUAUUCUGUGAGUGGGAGGGGCUUGGGCAGAGUGGGAGGAGCUAGGGUUGAAUUUGAGGGGGUUAGGUGCAGUGGGAGGGGCUAGGGUGCAGUGGGAGGAGCUUAUGCGUCUAUGCAAAAUUUAAAAAGGAGAUUUACAGUUUUAAAUUCAGAAUCAGGGAUUGUUUUGUUUACAGUUUUAAAUUCAGAAUCAGGGAUUGUUUUGGGACUGUUGUUAAUCGAAGGUGUUGAUAUCCUGUCUGUAGAUUUUAAUAUCCGAUCCUUUUUCACCAUUAAAAAUGCUGUUUAUAAAAUUC